UCUCUGUCUCUCUCUCUUCAUCUCCAUCUCUCAAUCUCUCUCUCUCCUCUAUCCAGUAUCAGAAGAAACAAAAUGGUGUAACUUCAGAAUAAACUCUGAACACGCUCAUAUCCAUCCGCUUCAAGCACAGGCGGGAAAAAUCCAAAACUAGUGGUACAGGUUUUUGUUUUGGGAGAAUUGGAAUCGGAAUGGGAACCGGUGCGUCGAAGAGUACUGACGGCGGGUCUCACGGGGGCGAGGAAGAGCGAGAGGAGAACCUAGACCAGGCGGGUGGCCAGCUCUACGUCUCCUUGAAGAUGGAGAAUUACAAGCGCAAGGGGGACCUCAUUCCCCACGUCUACGGCUCCGUCCCUCUCGUUGGCUCUUGGGAUUCUUCGAAAGCCCUUCCGAUGGAACGCGAAUCUGCGUCAAUGUGGGAAUUGAGCUUUGUUGUUCCCCCCAAUCACGAAACAUUGGACUUCAAGUUUCUUUUGAAGCCUAUGUACAAUAAUGCACCCUGUAUAGUGGAGGAGGGUCCGAACCGACUGCUCACAAGGGGAACCUUGCAAGGGGAUGCAAGGCUGGCUCUGUUUAGGCUUAGUGCUGAAGAGGUUCUUGAGUAUCGGAUAUUCAUUCACGCUGAUAGGGUUUCACCAUUCGAUCUUGCUGCUAGUUGGAGGGCUUAUCAGGAGAACCUUCGGCCUUCGGCUGUUCGUGGUAUUCCUGAUGUCAGUAUUAAUUCAGUGCCGGUGUUGGGUGCUGAGAAUGGUUCUUCAGCUAGUUUGGAGCUUGAUCUUGAACAUUAUCUUGUUCCAGCUCCAUCAACUUCUGCCAAUUCAGGUUUGGUUUAUGCAGCUAACAACACAGAGACUCCAAGGUCAUUAACACGUGCUGGGGUUUUUAACAAUAUGGAUGCCUCAGGGAGUGUUUCACAUUUCUUUAAGGAUGGUGGUGUUUCUGUUGAUCGACCUGCAACUAUAAAGGAGAUGGAGGUAAUUGUCCCUGAUUCAUCCAGGGUGUAUUCGGGCUCUGGAAUGGUUGAAUCAAAGUCAGUUGGUGCAUUUUCACCUUUCCAAAAGCAAGAUAGUCACAGGGGUCUCCUCGUAGAUAGGGGUGUUGGAUCUCCUAGGCUAGUUAAAUCGGCUAGUGCAAGUACUUUCGCUAUUGAUCUCAAAAUUGACACAGAAACAAAGAAUUCAAUGCCGGCUGCCGCUGGAGCUGUUGCAGCUGCAGCUGUAGCUGAUCAGAUGCUUGGACCAAAGGAGGAUAGACAUUUGGCGAUUGUCCUGGUUGGUUUGCCAGCUCGAGGAAAGACUUUUACUGCAGCCAAACUUACUAGAUAUCUUCGUUGGUUGGGUCACGAUACUAAGCAUUUCAAUGUUGGAAAGUAUCGACGGCUUAAGCAUGGGGCAAAUCAGUCUGCAGAUUUUUUCCGAGCUGACAAUCCUGAAGGAAUGGAAGCACGCAAUGAGGUAGCAGCCUUGGCUAUGGAAGACAUGAUAUCUUGGAUGCAAGAAGGUGGCCAGGUAGGGAUAUUGGACGCAACCAACAGUACUAAGAAACGAAGGAAUAUGCUGAUGAAAAUGGCUGAAGGGAAAUGCAAGAUUAUUUUUCUGGAAACACUCUGCAAUGAUGAGCGCAUUAUUGAAAGGAAUAUACGACUUAAAAUUCAACAAAGCCCUGAUUAUGCAGAAGAGCCGGAUUAUGAGGCCGGAUUGCGGGACUUCAAAGAUAGAUUAGCCAAUUAUGAAAAAGUUUAUGAGCCUGUAGAAGAAGGAUCUUACAUCAAAAUGAUUGAUAUGGUCAGUGGAAAUGGUGGACAAAUACAAGUGAACAAUAUCAGUGGCUAUCUUCCUGGGCGAAUUGUAUUUUUCUUGGUUAAUACCCAUCUCACACCCCGCCCAAUUUUACUUACUCGGCAUGGGGAGAGCAAGGAUAAUGUUAGAGGCAGGAUUGGAGGUGACACUGCUGUGAGUGAUCGUGGAGAAGUUUAUGGUAAAAAGCUGGCUAACUUUGUUGAAAAGCGACUCAAGUCAGAAAGGGCUGCUUCUAUUUGGACAAGCACACUGCAGCGAACAAUUCUGACAGCAAGUCCAAUUGUUGGAUUUCCAAAGAUACAAUGGCGUGCACUUGACGAAAUAAAUGCAGGAGUUUGUGAUGGGAUGACAUAUGAAGAGAUAAAGAAAAACAUGCCUGAGGAGUAUGAGGCACGUAAGAAGGACAAGCUGAGGUAUCGGUACCCUCGUGGCGAGUCCUAUUUGGAUGUUAUUCAAAGGCUAGAACCUGUAAUUAUUGAGCUUGAACGACAACGGGCACCUGUUGUAGUGAUAUCUCACCAGGCAGUAUUGAGAGCGUUAUAUGCAUAUUUUGCUGAUAGGCCUCUUAGAGAAAUUCCACACAUUGAGGUGCCACUUCAUACUAUAAUAGAGAUUCAAAUGGGAGUUACAGGUGUCCAAGAGAAACGAUACAAACUCAUGGACUAAAGUUAGCGUACAAGAACUCUUGUAAUUUUAGUGACUCAAAUGUUGAGGCAAGUUUCCAUUCUUUUUAUUCUCAUUCGUCAACAAAGAUGUAAACAUCGCCAUAAAUGGGACAUUGAAUGCAUAUUUUCAAUUGUCAUCAAUCCAAAUAUGGUUCUUACUGCUA